GGAUUUCAAAGAGGUCAAAAUGGCCGACGAAGGAAUGGAAGCUUACUUCGAGACCUCUUCUAAUGCUGAAGCUCUCAGACGAGCAGGAGCUGGAGAAGAUCACAUAGUAACGGCCCAAGAAAUGAAAAACUCUUCACUUACUGAGUUAACCCACUCUUCUCCACACCUUUUCUCCCAUCCACCAAUGAAAUCUAAUGCAACUAGCACUCCAUUAAAUAAACAAGAAGCGGUCCAUAUUAGAAUACUUGUUGAAGAAAUAAUGAAGUCAGCUCUUUUAACUGAAGAUGAUUGUGUCCUGCUGGAAUCAGUACUGAAGAUUGAAGGAAUGAGUGAUCCUACUGAGAAAAGAAUUAAUUAUUUGUUUAAUAACUGGUGGUAUAUUUACAUCUCUUCGCUUGUAAUGGUGUUAUCUAUGUUCUUUUCUUAUUCCGCUUGUCUCCUCGUGUUUAUCUUCACGGUAACAGGAUUUACUUUAUUUAAAGCGAGAGAGACUAGGAGUGAGGGUAGGAUGAGGAAGGAGAGAGAAGGAAUAAAGAAUUACCUGAUAAAAAUGGAGUCACUGCUCAAUUUAAUAAUGAAAUCACUGAAUACAAUUAGAGAGAGAGAGCUGGUGUAUCACGGAUUCCUGAGACCAGUGAGAGGUUUAUCGGCAAGCCACAUUGAGUCACAGCUGGCUAAUGGCAACAGCAACAGCUUCCAGUGUCACUCAUUGAGAGAGAGGCUUCACCAGGUGUGCAGCAAAGGGAAGGAGAUGAUGGGUAGUGUCACUGUUAGUCUCAUUAAUGGAUACCCAUUGAACACUGAACUGGACAAUAAAGACACUUAUCUGUUGUACAGGGAGUUACCGGCCGUACAAGAUGAACAUGUACUGUCGCUAGAGGCUCUGAAAGAUGCUGCUAGCCUCAUGGCUAUAGUCAAUUCUGAAAUGUUGCGUCGAUUGUGUUUAGUUUUAGGACGUCAUUUGAUCACUGAGCAAUCUGUCCUUGAUAAAACUGAUAAAAGACUCUCUCUUUCAACUGCUUUUCAAUUUCUUAAACCUCUUUAUGAACAUGUGGAUGAAGCGUUGACUCAAAUCCAAUGGUCACUGGAUUAUCAGAAUCACAAAUACACAACUAAAGAUGGUUCUACUGACAAUAGCCCAGCUACUAAUGGCAGCAAGAAGGCGGGGUUUAAAGGGGCAGGAGACAAACCUUUGUCAUCAAUUGAGGCGGAACUACAUGCAGCUGACCUCCACGUACACACUACACUGAUCAAACUGCGUGAACUGAGUGAUGACAGCUCAGGGGAAGUUUGGGAAGAAGAAAUAAGAUCAAUUUUGAGUAACAUAACCUCAGCUGAGCAUCACCUCCAACAAGUUCUGAGUGAAUUGUCUCAACCAGCCCCUCCUCCUUCUCCUCCCCUUGCCACAUCAACACCAAAUUUUGUCAACAUUGAAGAUAAUAAUGAAGAAACUGAAGUACCAUGCAAUACACAAGAGACAGCAAAUGAUGAUGAUGAAGAGAUGAUAUAUGAAGCGUAUGUGAGUGGUUUAGAUCAGAUCUCACAGUUGGAGGAGCAGGAGAUAGUCAGCAAUGAAGAAUGGAGGAAAACCUCACUGAAUAUACUCCAUGAGUUAAAGUCAGUUCUUUCUGUUAGAAAGGCCAUGAAAGAAAAGAAGAGAAGGAAGAAGGAUGCUGUAGAAGAAACCCCUUUACCAAAAGAGAAUGCCCAGGAUCAAAGUGACAGUGUAGAACAUAAUAACACUCAAACAAAUAAUUCAAAUGAAGCUGGCAGUAGCAGCAGCUGUCUGCAAAAUUCUCCAGAAAAGUCAAAAGAUAUUCACAGUGAUGAUGAAGGAAGGAUUGCUACUGGAGCUGUGGUGGAUGGAUCUGGUGAUCAACUCCUGCAGCUGCAGCUAAUGGCAAGAGCAGCUGCUGCUUCAAAGAGAAGACAACAAAAUGAAGAAAUAUUUGAAUUGAGUGACAAUGAUGAUGAAAAUGACUAGGAUUCAAGAAGUAAACUUUUUUGAUUAUUAAUUUUUAAAUCACUGCAAAUCUUAUCACUAAAUCAGACUCUUAAAUUAUGUAAACUACUCUUCGUUAAUCAAAUGGUAUCAUAAAA